CAGUGCCUCCAAAAUUUCCCAACAGUCCAAUUUCUCUUCAUUCUUCGUCCCCAAGUCUUUUGCGAAAAUAGAGUCAAUUUUCUAAAGGUUUAAAAGGAAAAUGUUGGUUCAACUCCCCAGGCUGACGAACUCUCUUCGAGACCCGUUCGACAUCGACCAGGCCUAUCUGCAGCGCAAGCUCAUCCUUCAGAACCACAAGCCUCGCAAUUCUGCGAGCUCGGUUGACGAGUCAGAGCUUGCACGGAAGAUUGUUCGUGGGUGGGAAGAAGCUUCUAUAGAAGUGCGACAAGCUUACAAGCAGUUUAUCGGAGCGGUAGUAGAGUUGAUAGAUGGAGAAGUGCCCUCCGAAGAGUUUCGUGCGGUGGCCCUUGCUGUUUACCGUUUAUUUGGUGGACCAGAAGAGGAGGGAACUGUUGAUAAAAAUAUUGCUGACAAGAAGCUAGAAUUGCAAAAGCUUCUUGGUCAUACAAUUUCAGAUGGUAACUUGAGAAAAGCUGCUUCUCUAGCUGUGAGACUUUCUGGGCUACAGCCUGGUGACCAUGAGGCAGCACUUUUUACUGAAAGUCAUGAAAAUGGAAGUUCUGAAAAUCUGGAAUUUGGUGCUGACCUUGUGUUUCAAACACCGGCUCGGUUUUUGAUGGAUAUUUCUUUGGAUGAUGGGGAACUAUUGGGUGUGGAAAGCACACAACUACCUUCUUCACAUCAUGGAGAAUGGUUUGGUCGUGAUCACUUUAACUGUGAUAAUUCUGCUGUGGAUGGGGGACGCUUCAAUUUAAGUUGGUUAAGAGAUGAAUGUGAUCAGAUAGUGAGAGAAAGUUCUUCACAGCUUUCCCAAGAUGAACUUGCAAUGGCUAUUUGUCGGGUGCUCGACUCUGGCAAACCUGGUGAGGAGAUAGCAGGUGAUUUAUUGGAUCUUGUUGGGGAUGGUGCAUUUGAGACCGUACAAGACCUUAUAUUGCAUCGGAAAGAACUUGUUGAUUGCAUCCAUCAUGGUUUACAGAUGUUGAAAUCUGACAAAAUGUCCUCCUCAACCUCUCAAUCACGCAUGCCUAGUUAUGGCACUCAGGUUACUGUUCAAACUGAGUCAGAGCGGCAAAUUGACAAACUUCGGCGCAAGGAAGAAAAGCGAAAUAGACGGGGAGCAGAAUAUGGGGCUGAAAAUGACUUGUCUGCCAUGAGUUUUUCUUCUUUACUUCAAGCAAGCGAGAGGAAAAGACCUUUUGAUGAUCUAAUUGGGUCUGGCGAAGGGCCUCACUUGCUAGCUGUAACUGCACUUCCUCAAGGAACUGUUAGGAAGCAUCAUAAGGGGUAUGAGGAGGUUAUUAUCCCCCCAACAGCAGCAGCACAAAUGAAGCCUGGUGAAAAGCUGAUUGAAAUAGAGGAGUUAGAUGACUUUGCCCAAGCUGCUUUUCGUGGCUACAAAACUCUUAACCGUAUUCAGAGCCGGAUUUUUCAAACUGUUUAUCACACCAAUGAGAAUAUACUAGUUUGUGCUCCAACUGGUGCUGGCAAAACAAAUAUAGCUAUGAUUUCUAUUCUUCAUGAGAUUGGUCAGCAUUUCAAGGAUGGUUACUUGCACAAAGAUGAGUUUAAGAUAGUUUAUGUUGCUCCAAUGAAGGCAUUAGCAGCAGAGGUUACAUCAGCAUUUAGCCGUUGUUUAUCUCCACUGAAUAUGACUGUGAGAGAACUAACUGGAGACAUGCAACUUACCAAAAAUGAACUUGAAGAAACUCAGAUGAUAGUUACAACACCAGAGAAGUGGGAUGUCAUAACUCGCAAGAGCAGUGACAUGUCACUCUCAAUGUUGGUGAAGCUCUUGAUUAUUGAUGAAGUGCAUCUACUUAAUGAUGAUAGAGGUCCUGUAAUAGAAGCCUUAGUUGCCCGAACAUUACGUCAGGUGGAGUCAACACAGACAAUGAUACGUAUAGUGGGCCUUUCAGCCACUUUGCCCAACUAUUUGGAAGUUGCACAAUUCUUAAGAGUAAAUCCAGAUGCAGGACUCUUCUUUUUUGACUCUAGCUAUCGUCCUGUGCCUCUUGCACAGCAAUAUAUUGGAAUUAGUGAGCAGAACUUUGCAGCACGGAAUGAAUUGUUGAAUGAGAUAUGCUAUAAGAAGGUUGUUGAUUCGCUGAGGCAGGGUCAUCAAGCAAUGGUGUUUGUUCAUUCUCGAAAGGACACGGCGAAAACAGCUGAAAAACUGGUUGAGCUUGCUCGGAGAUUUGAGGAUCUAGAGCUCUUUAACAAUGAUACACAUCCGCAAAUAUCCUUAGUCAAGAAGGAAGUUAUCAAGUCCAGAAACAAAGAUCUUGUCGAACUUUUUGCAUUUGGUGUUGGUGUUCAUCAUGCUGGGAUGUUACGUGCUGAUAGAGGUCUGACGGAGCGUCUUUUUUCUGAUGGACUCUUGAAGGUACUUGUUUGUACAGCAACUUUGGCAUGGGGUGUUAAUCUGCCAGCUCACACAGUUGUGAUAAAGGGGACCCAAUUAUACGAUCCAAAGGCUGGUGGUUGGCGCGACCUGGGUAUGCUUGAUGUUAUGCAGAUCUUUGGACGUGCUGGGAGACCUCAAUUUGACAAAAGUGGAGAAGGCAUCAUAAUCACAUCACAUGACAAACUGGCCUAUUACCUGCGGUUGCUUACAUGUCAACUCCCUAUAGAGAGUCAGUUCAUUAGCUCCUUGAAAGAUAAUUUAAAUGCAGAAGUGGCGUUGGGUACUGUAACCAAUGUCAAGGAAGCUUGUGCAUGGCUUGGAUAUACUUACCUUUUUAUAAGAAUGAGGCUGAACCCUUUGGCAUAUGGUAUUGGAUGGGAUGAGGUCAUUGCAGAUCCUUCUUUAAGUUUGAAGCAAAGGGCUCUUGUAACAGAUGCUGCACGUGCACUUGAUAAAGCAAAGAUGAUGCGGUUUGAUGAGAAAAGUGGGAACUUUUACUGUACAGAGCUUGGUCGGAUUGCAAGUCACUUUUAUAUUCAGUACUCUAGUGUUGAAACUUAUAAUGAAAUGUUGAGACGCCACAUGAAUGAUAGUGAGGUGAUUGACAUGGUAGCUCAUUCUUCUGAAUUUGAAAAUAUUGUGGUUCGAGAAGAGGAACAGAAUGAGCUCGAGAUGUUGGCACGUAGGUCUUGCCCAUUAGAAGUUAGGGGUGGUGCUUCGAAUAAACAUGGAAAAAUUUCCAUUCUCAUUCAGUUGUACAUAUCACGUGGUUCAAUUGAUACCUUCUCAUUAGUCUCUGAUGCUGCUUAUAUAAGUGCAAGCUUGGCUCGUAUUAUACGGGCUCUAUUUGAAAUUUGUUUAAGAAGAGGCUGGUGUGAGAUCUCACUUUUCAUGUUAGAAUAUUGCAAGGCCGUGGAUCGCCAAAUUUGGCCGCAUCAGCAUCCUCUCAGACAAUUUGACAAGGAUCUUUCAUCAGAGAUACUGAGGAAGCUCGAGGAACGAGGGGCUGAUUUAGAUCGCUUGCAGGAGAUGCAUGAAAAAGAUAUUGGAGCACUAAUUCGUUAUGCAUCUGGGGGAAGGUUGGUUAAGCAAUACUUGGGAUAUUUCCCAUGGAUCCAGUUAUCGGCAACUGUGAGUCCAAUUACCAGAACUGUUUUAAAGGUGGAUUUGCUUAUAAUGCCAGACUUUGUAUGGAAAGAUCGUUUUCAUGGUGCUGCACAACGUUGGUGGCUUAUAGUUGAGGAUUCUGAGAAUGACCACAUCUACCACUCAGAGCUCUUCACCCUGACAAAGCGGAUGGCUAAAGGAGAACCCCAAAAGCUUUCUUUCACGGUGCCAAUAUUUGAACCACAUCCACCACAAUACUACAUUCGUGCUGUCUCUGAUUCUUGGUUGCGUGCAGAGGCUUUCUACACCAUAUCAUUCCAGAAUCUGCAACUGCCAGAGGCUCGCACUUCACACACAGAGCUUCUGGAUCUACCUCUUCCUGUGACUUCACUUGGCAACAAAACUUAUGAAGCCUUGUACAGAUUUUCACAUUUUAAUCCAAUACAAACACAGGCUUUCCAUGUUCUGUACCAUACUGACAAUAAUGUUCUACUAGGAGCUCCCACUGGAAGUGGGAAAACUAUAUCUGCUGAGCUUGCUAUGCUUCACCUCUUCAAUACUCAGCCUGACAUGAAGGUCAUUUAUAUAGCACCAUUGAAGGCUAUUGUUCGAGAAAGAAUGAAUGAUUGGAGAAAACAACUUGUCACUCAGCUUGGGAAGAAAAUGGUUGAAAUGACUGGAGAUUAUACACCAGAUUUGAUGGCUCUCAUGUCAGCAGAUAUCAUCAUAUCUACUCCUGAGAAGUGGGAUGGUAUUAGUCGUAAUUGGCAGAGUCGCAGUUAUGUCACAAAGGUUGGGCUUAUGAUUUUGGAUGAGAUUCACUUACUGGGAGCCGAUCGUGGACCUAUCCUUGAGGUUAUAGUGUCAAGGAUGAGAUACAUAUCGUCACAAACGGAUCGUGCUGUACGAUUUGUUGGUCUUUCUACAGCUUUAGCAAAUGCAGGUGAUUUGGCUGAUUGGUUGGGUGUUGGGGAAAUUGGUCUCUUCAAUUUCAAACCAAGUGUGAGGCCUGUACCCCUUGAGGUUCAUAUCCAGGGAUACCCUGGAAAGUUCUACUGCCCAAGGAUGAAUAGCAUGAAUAAACCAGCAUAUGCAGCAAUAUGCACCCAUUCACCUACGAAACCAGUUCUAAUAUUUGUUUCAUCUCGUCGGCAGACAAGACUGACUGCAUUGGACCUCAUUCAGUUUGCAGCUUCAGAUGAACAUUCCAGGCAGUUCCUUAGUAUGCCUGAAGAAGCACUGCAGAUGGUUCUUUCUCAGGUCACUGAUCAGAACCUGCGGCACACAUUGCAGUUUGGAAUUGGAUUACAUCAUGCUGGUCUAAACGAAAAGGACAGAUCCUUAGUUGAGGAGCUUUUCUCAAACAAUAGGAUACAGGUUUUGGUUUGUACUAGCACAUUGGCAUGGGGUGUCAACCUUCCUGCGCAUCUGGUCAUUAUCAAGGGAACAGAAUAUUAUGAUGGAAAAACAAAGAGGUAUGUUGACUUUCCAAUCACAGAUAUCUUGCAAAUGAUGGGUCGUGCUGGGCGCCCACAAUAUGAUCAGCAUGGGAAGGCAGUCAUUCUUGUUCAUGAACCCAAAAAGAGCUUCUACAAAAAGUUUCUAUAUGAACCAUUUCCUGUUGAGAGUAGUCUGAGAGAACAGAUGCAUGAUCACAUUAAUGCAGAGAUAGUUUCGGGGACAAUUUGCCAUAAAGAGGAUGCUAUUCAUUAUCUCACUUGGACUUACUUGUUCCGUAGACUGAUGGUUAAUCCAGCUUACUAUGGCUUGGAGAAUACAGAACCUGAUUUUAUAAGUUCUUAUUUGUCUAGUCUGGUGCAAACAACGUUUGAGGAUCUUGAAGACAGUGGAUGCAUUAAGAUGGAUGAAGAUAGAGUAGAACCCAUGAUGCUGGGUUCAAUAGCAUCACAAUAUUACCUUAGUUACAUGACUGUAUCGAUGUUUGGUUCAAACAUCGGUCCAGAUACAUCACUUGAAGUGUUUUUGCAUAUUUUAUCUGCUGCUUCUGAAUAUGAUGAACUUCCCGUCCGACAUAAUGAGGAAAACUAUAAUGAAGCUUUGGCCAAGAGAGUUAGACACAUGGUGGAUAAGGACCGCUUCGAUGAUCCACAUGUCAAAGCCAAUCUGCUAUUUCAGGCACAUUUUUCUCAGUUAGAACUUCCGAUCAGUGACUAUGUCACAGACUUAAAGUCGGUCUUGGAUCAAAGUAUUCGUAUUAUCCAGGCCAUGAUAGAUAUAUGCGCUAACAGUGGAUGGCUUUCAAGCUCAAUUACUUGCAUGCAUCUUUUGCAAAUGGUCAUGCAGGGUUUGUGGUUUGAUAAAGAUUCUUCUUUAUGGAUGUUGCCAUGCAUGAGUGUUGAACUUGCAGAUGCUCUAAGCAGAAGAGGAAUCUUCAAUGUGCGGCAGCUAUUGGACCUACCUAAGGCAACUUUUCAGGCUAUGGUUGAAAAUUUCCCUGUUUCAAGAUUAUCUCAGGAUCUGCAGCAUUUUCCCCAAAUCCAGGUGAAAUUGAGACUUCUUCGAAGGGACACUAAUGUCGGAAAGUCUCCCUUGUUGAACAUCAGAUUAGAGAAAACUGGUCCCAGAAGGAAAAUGACAAGAGCGUUUGCCCCUCGUUUCCCUAAGAUAAAAGAUGAGGCAUGGUGGUUGGUUCUUUGUAACACCUCCACCUCUGAAUUAUAUGCACUGAAGAGGGUGUCCUUCUCUGAUCACUUGAAUGCCCACAUGGAGCUACCGUCAGAUCCAACUGUUCUGCAGGAGAUGAAAUUAAUUCUAGUUUCAGAUUGUUACAUUGGUUUCGAACAAGAGCAUUCCAUUGGGAACUUAACUGAACAGUAGCAGUCAAAAUAGGAAGCUGCUAGCUUAUAUUUUGGACUUGAAGGCAUUCAAAAUCCCUUACUGAUGCGCAAGGAUGUGAAUUUGCAAUAAUCUGAGAAUUGCAAAUUAUAACAUAGAAGUCCUUACCAAGGUACGAUGGAAGUGACAUGGAUUGAACAUAAAAAUUGAAAAGACAAAUACCACAUUUUCGUAAUACUUAAUGACGUAUACCACAUUUUAUAGUACUUACAUGCCUGUUGAAAGUAGUAUGGAUAAAAUUUAUAUUCAUUUGAAUCUAUUUGAUGAUCAUAAUUACAAAUUAAAUCAUUUUAUUACUAUUACAUGUUCCUAUUGAUAUAUCAUUGCAAGUGAAGUUUGAUGACGGAAGUUGUAGCUGUUGCAACAACCAUCCUUUUCAACAUUACAAGGAUUGACACGGAAAAAAAAAAUGUAGAAGAAUGAAGGGGGUUGGUCAUGUAUGUAACGGUAUAUGAUAUAGACUAAAGAAUGCGUAUUAUUUUACACAAUUUACAUUAAAGGGCUAAUGCUCACAUUCACAAGCUAUCAAUAGGCUUAAUCCCAAUCAGCAUCAAAGAAACCUGCAUCUUUCAUCUCAGAGUAGUAGGCACUAUCCGAAAGAAAAUCUUCCUCCUG